CAGCGCUCUGACUUCCAAAAUCACCUGCCUGAUACGAGAGGUUUCCAUGUCUUCACCAGUUCGCACAGACUUCACGCAUCUACAAAGAUUUUGAAAUGAUGCCAUCGAUUUGUCAGGGUUAGGUCAGGUGCAGGGAAAGGGUUAUAGUUCACCUACACGAUUAGGAUUCCGUUGUGUGUAUAUGUACUAUAAGAUGGUACAGUGUUGACGCAGCUUGUUGGUUUUAAAUCCAAAGAUCGUCGGCGCACACCAGCAGUUUUCAGUGAAAUAGGAGGCACGGCCUGUACUUAAACAGAACGGCAUGCACAAAUCGUAUUCUAAAGAGCUAAAGGAGCGAAAGCUUCGCCUAAAAUAUGGAGUAGAUAUGGUGCCACGAACGGAAUACGCGUCAUCUAGCGAAUCCGGUGAAUCAAGUCCUUCUCACUCACCGCCUUACAUCACAUCGUCAGCGCCCUCAUCGCCAACGUACACUUACAGAACGCCCCAUUAUGGAACGCAUCCGGAACACCAUGGCAGCAGAAGUCGGCUAUAUUCCGCCGGUACCAAUAAAGAACAAUCCGCUCCAAGAAAUCCUCCCCCAUCAAUGGGUGCAAAAAGUUCAAGUUCAGGAAGUCUGUUAAAAGAUCUGGAAAGACUACGACAGGCUCAGCGGGAACGAGGUGAAAAACUGGGUCGAACAGUAGACCAGACAGAAGUCAUGGCAGACAGGGCGUCUGUUUUUUCCAGAACAACCAAGGCUCUUGAAAAGAAGCACAGAGACAAGGCCAAGUCAUGGUGGCCAUUUUGAUGACAAAUUUAUUCUACUCUUCGAAUCUUCCUCUCUUUAGACCAGUCUGCCUAUAUUACAAUGUAUGUACCUUAUAUUGUCGGAAGAAACCCGAAAACAUUUUUCUCUUGCGAGUUUUGGAUAUUCUUUCUCUCUCAAGGAGUGGGUUAUUUUACUUAUUUAUAUACAUAAGUGUGAACUGGAGAUAUGUAUUUACCAAACAAACAAACACGCACACACACAUAUAUGUACAUACAGGGCAAAUAUUGCAUGCGACAUCAUGUAGUGACCGGUGUAAUUGCAACCUACCGGUG